GGUUAACUGACCCCCCGUCGACGACAUCCAAACGCCUCAGCGUGCGAUCCAUCGAGUCCCGCCAUCGGGGAGGUCCAUGAAGACAAGCUGCCACCGAGGACGACUCCGAAAAAUAUUACAGAAGUGAAAACGUUCCACAAAUGUAUCGUGUUCGUUCCACAAAGUACGUUUUCCAUGUAAUCACUAACAAUUUAGAAACUGGCGCUAAGCAGAUAUAUCCUGGGACGUUUUGCUAUCACAGGGGAAAGAGGCCCUCCCGUGUAGGGGAUACGGGCGAACCCGCAGCGCUUGAAAGUACUUCACGAAGCGGUGGUACGCAGUGCCUGAGAAGAUCGACGUCUCCUCUGUCUCCUGUACCGGACGAGUUCGUGGAGGAAGCGCCCGCAUCACGAGCAGCGAAGAAACUUAAACGUGCUGAGACUCGCCCCUGUCCCGCUUGCAAUGAGCAAAUCCCGGUCCGCCUCCUUGAGGCGCACACAGUGCUUGAACUUCAGCGCGUAGACGAAAUAGUCCGCCACAUCGGUGAUGCCGAGCCUCUGCCUGGAGCGGAUGACCUCGAGCAGGUACCAAGCAACAGAACCCGCCGAUCCGCCCUCAAAGCGCGCCAGUCCCUGACAGCCCUCCAGCCAGCUCCGCGUCUUACCUCUACGCGUUCCUAUCACAAUGCUACAACCCCCGUCGCUGUCGAGCGCACGAUCACACACAUCAUCCGCAGGCGCAGAGCUCGCCAAACACGCCUGCGCGAGCUUUCACGCGAGGAAGCUGCCUACCUCGCAGGGGAUGGCGAGGGCACAGGUAUAGGGUGUCCCAUUUGCGGACAAAACGUAAGGGGUGAUAGGGAUGUUGUCGAGGCACAUGUCGAUGCCUGUCUUGCAUAUGAGAGUCGGCGCGCCGAGGUAGAGCGACAGAGGGAGAUCAUCCAGGGCACGCAGGUGAGUGAGGACCUGGAGGUAGACGUUGAUGAAGGCGGUGGCGUGGGCAGUGAUGGCAAUGGAGACGGGAGCGUGCGCACCAGAGUCAUUACGGCUGCAAGUCUCAGGGGAACGGGUAUACAAAUGCGCAUACAUACGCAGGAUACGGAGGAGGAUAUCGACAUCGACGGGACGGACGAUGCUGUAUUUGGAGGCGCUCAGUUUGGGGAAGCAGACAUACUUGGUCUCACUGGGGACAGUUUCGAUGCCGAGCGUUCCAAUCAUGACCGACAGGGCCUGCAGGAAUCGACUCAUGGUUCGACCUCCGUUGAAGGUCGAACGCCUCUACAGUCCGAUUCACAGUCGGGAGAUACCGCUCCGACCACCGAAAACUCUACGGACGAGCUUGACCUCACAAUACUCGCUGCCCCGCUGAUUACAGCGUUGGAGGCAAAGAUAAACACCACCCCUCCGGCUCCGACGUGUCGUGUAUGCCUUUCACAGUACACCGACCCCACGGUGUCCACUGGUUGUUGGCACACCUGCUGUGCUACGUGCUGGCUGCGAUGUUUGGGUGCUACCAAGUUGUGUCCCAUGUGUUUGAGGAUAACCAGUGCCUCCGAAUUGAGGCGGAUUUACUUGUAG